UUCCGCAAUACGAAAUGACAUGAAAUUUUGGUAGGAUUAUUGUAGGUAAGAUUAUUAAGAAUCUCACCUAAUGUGCAAUACGAACAUGUAAAAUACGAAGUUUCCGCAAACCGCUGCACAAAAGCUUUAACUUCUAUAUGAUAAGACUCUAUAUUUCUUGGAGUUAUUACACGAUGAAAGAGAGCGGUGGCGGAAGACCACAAAUCGACAAAUUUGCGAUAUCGUGUCUUACACACAAUUUCCGCUAAUUAUUUCAAAUUGGAAACUCACGUCAUUCAGUUUGAUGAGAUUUCCUAUGGAGAUUCGAUAUGGGGUGUCUGUUUUAUAAAGUCGCCACGACCAUCGGCGGAAUUCUCAGUACCACUCUCAAAUUUUACCGUGAGGAUUAUGUGAAUAGUGUGAAUACGAAGUAUAAAAGGAUUAAUAAGGAUACAAGCAAAAAGGAUGAAAAGUUAGUGAUGGUUGGAAAAUUGUCCAUACGCCUGGGAAUAAAUGAAUUUCUCUUCUCAUACUCCAGGACUCGCGUGUUGGCUUUUGGUGUGCCUGGGCAGUGUAGCAACUGUGUUAGGGAGUGAUGAUAUUGUGUGUCCUGAAGGCAGAUGGAUGGUGACACUUCCACAUGAGGAUUGCCACCAGUUCCAUUUGUGUAUCUUUGGGCGGGCAGUUGAAUUGAAGUGUCCCUUUGGCCUCUACUGGGAUCCCAUUGAGGGUGGAUGUGGACGCAGUGUAGAUGUAUCGUGUGUUAAAGACAUCGCUGCACGACAAGAACCUCCACAGCCUCCCAUUGAAACCACGUCUUUCCCACCGCAACCAACAAUUGAAACAACAACUCCCGAAGAGGAAACUGAAACCACCGAUGAAACUGAAACUCCAGGAGAAACUGAUGAAACUCCCGAGGAAACUACCGUCAGUGAGGAAUCACCCACUCCACCCUUCUCCACUACAGGAAAUACACCUACUCCACCAUUUUCCACAACCGGUGCCACGCCAACACCACCAGUAUCCACUACCGGAGCUCAGCCUACUCCACCAGUGUCUACAACUCCUGAUGGUAGUGAAACAGGAACACCACCAGAGGUAACCACGGAGAGCACAGAGGAGACAACCACUGGAGUAGAGACGGGUACUCCACCUGAGGUAACCACGUCUGAACCUGGUACAACAGGUGCAGAAACUACGACAACCACAACAACUACGACAGUAGUCCCAACAACCACCACGGGAAUACCAACAGGAACUCCGCCAGAGGUUACAACAAGUACAGGAGGAACCGCAACUCCACCAGAGGUCACAACACCCGGUGUUACACAACCCCCAACAACACCAGGACCACCAACUUGUCCACCAGAUGGCAUCCACUACUUCCCUGAUCCCCAGGCAUGCAAUCGUUUCUUCCUGUGCCAGAAUGGCCAGUUGAUCCACAUGAUGUGUGCUCCUGGGCAGAUCUUCGAUCAAACAUAUCUUCGUUGUCGUCACGACGGCGUUUGUCAGUUGUUUGGCUGGCUUCAAGAUUAGAGUCUUAGACACGAGACACAACAGAAUCACAACACAGAAUAAGACACUCCUGGUUACCAGACAGGAAGCUGGCCACCAGACAGAGACACCACAGAUAUCACACAACACUGAAACACAUAACAAUUUUUCUUUCUCUUGUAAUAUUGUAAUAAAUUAUGGUAUUAACAUUAGAGAC